AUGCAACAAUCCGAUUAUCGCAAUUUCUAGACCCCUGUCGUCAGCUGACAGUCUUGAGUAACAGCCACAAACAAGGAAGCGGGGAUGUAAUCUGGCCAUGAACUAUCCUUUAUUUAGAGCAUUGUUUUGUUUUCAAUAUUCAUCUACUAAUCCACGCUUCAGAUAUCCAAACAGCCGACGAAUCUCAAUUGCAGAACCUUCGACCGAAUCUGGAUCCAAUUUUUUACGCAAGCCAUGGCUGACGGGAUCUUUGCCAUCAGAUCUGACGAGAAAAUCAGAAAUCAUGCAGCAAAAGCAUGGGCCGAAGUCAAGCCACUCGCCGAUGUUCUCCCCAGGCCCAGACACGGUCUUGCCCCGUUCUUCGGAACACCUGAGUGCGACACAGUUCUCAAAAUGGUCUUGGACGAAUAUCUCCAGAAACCAUCCACCACCGAAUUUAGAUCCCAUCUGAGAGUAAGCGGCCAUAUUGCUUUCCCUGGCGUCGUAGCCACCGGUCAGACAACAACGAUAUUGGUUCCUCUUCAGAUCAUUGGUGAGGUUAAGGUUGGGCCGGUGGGGAUUGACAUUGACCAUCAUUAUAAUAUAUUGCGCUUGUGUGAUGUGGAAGUGUCGGAGGGAGGGAAGAUGGUGGCGCUGGUUGUAUCAAAUAUACCAGCACAGUAACUUGAUGUGUGGGUUUGCGCUUGGAUGUAGGUUAGUCACU